AUGCCUUUUAAAGUCGCAAUUGUUGGAACAGGUAUCUUUGCCACCGAUGCGCAUCUUCCUGCUCUACUAAAAUCUGAGUAUUUUACCCCCUAUUCAUGUUUCAAUAGAACCAGGGCCAAGGCAGAGAAGUUUGCCAAGGUGGCGGGUAUUUCGAAGAUUUAUAAUUCUAUGGAGGAAGCCUUCGAGGAUCCGGAAGUUGACAUUGUAGAUGCUUUACUUCCUGUUCAGUACAAUUUGGCUGCUGUUAGAUUGGCUGUCAAGCAUAAGAAGAGCUUAUGCUUUGAGAAACCUGUGGCCGCCAAUAUGAAACAGGCGAAGGAGAUCGUCAGGUUAACAAAGGAAAAUCCUAAUUUGAUUAUCGCCAUCGGAGAGAACUGGUCUUAUCUCAAGGCUGUACCGGCCAUGAAGGAAGCCAUUUCUAAGAUUGGAAAGAUAUAUUCUUUUACCUAUCAAUCGACUGGUCAGUUCCAUUUUGACGGUAAGUAUCUUAAUACAUCAUGGAGAUUGCAUCCAGAGCAUAUCGGAGGCUAUUUGUCUGAUGGUGGUGUCCAUCAAUUGGCUCUUCUUACUGGGGUUUUAGGCAAGGUUAAAAAGGUUAACGCUCAUACUAAGCAGGUGAGACAGCUCAGUGGAGAUGAUGACAUUCUCUACUCGUUGUUGGAGAUGGAUAGCGGUCUCAUUGGAACUUUUACCUAUGGUUCAGCAUUUGGCAAUGCUGAAAAAAGAGGAAUGUUUGAAGUUAUGGGUGACAAUGGUAGUGUUUCCUUUGAUUUUGGCCCUGGUCACCUAGAGCAUCUCACUUUGAGGGUUGGUGGAAGCACUUCUCACUCUGAAUCAUACACAAAGGAGAUAGAUAUUGAAGGUGAAGACAGAACUCCUCUUUCUGAGUUCACUGCUUUAGGUAAGGCUUUGACUACUGGGGAUAAGUCCACUAUUGUUGCAACUCCUGAAGUAGUUUAUCACCAUUUGGCUGUAAUUGAUGCGGCCUUGAAAAGUUCUGCUAAAGAUGGAGAAAGUGUUUUAGUGAUGCAGUGA